UAGACAGAGACAACACCUCGCAAUGGCAUCACCUUCAAACCUACGGUGUUUCCCGAUUUCCCUCUUGCGGCUGGCUCUGGUUUACAUUGUGACUAGUCCUUUUUGUGUCAGAGAAAAUGUUGCCCAGAUUCAGUACAGAGGGGUGGUUGGUGGAAACGUGACUUUUCGCUGCCCUAUUGACAAAAAUAGGACAAUAGAUCUAUUGUACAUACAAAGGGGCAAUGACUUUGUGAAUGGACACUAUGCAUCCAAGGAAACAUCACAUCCGGUAUGGGCGAACACCAGAAUGGAUGAUGACAAGAGAACUAUUCAUAUGUCCAGUUUGAACGUUUCCCAUAAUGGGGACUAUCAGUGCUAUGUCAUGUACGGCACUGAACUAGUUCAAACUGACAUUCACCUAAGUGUCACAGGAAACUACAGUAAACCUACACUUACAAUGGACUGCUGUGAACAAAACCCUCCCUUAAGUUGCCAAAUGACCUGCUUCUCACAUGGCGGCUACCCGAAAACAGAAGUGAAGUGGAAUGUAUCUGGAAUUUCGAAGGUUACCAACAACAUUACCAGAGAUGAUGACACCAUGUUGAUCAACAUCACCAGCACUGCACACUUCAACUGCUCCAAGGAAUAUAUGUUUAUCAGGUGCUCUGUGGACAACCUCAGCUCAGAACCGUUGUCAGUCUGUAAACCCAAAUAUCCAUCUUAUCCUCACUGGCCUUCUGAAAUCAUCUAUGGAGUGAUACCCUUCUGUUUGAUUGCUGUGGUUGUUGCAUUGCUUGUGUGUAAAUGCAAUAAAUGUAAGAAAGAAGUGAAAGCAGACAUUGAAAACAUAAAUCCUAAUUUGGAGGCAGAAACAUUCCUCAAUGGAAAAAACCAAGAGGCAUCUUGAGUGCUGGUGACGAUGAAUGUCCGAUUUAUCUCGGUCUAUGUUCCAGAAAAUAUGUCUCGAACGUGUACAGUACAUAUGUGGCUGACCUGCGUACCAACAUGGAUUAACCAGAGAUGGUGACUCACUGGACAGCACGCUGUCAACAUUUUGCUGACAUUUGCAAAGAGAGACAAGAGAAGUAUUAUUAGUAUCCUGUAAUAGGGGAAGUACGGUGCAUCAUGGAAGUGAACAAAUCUUACUUAACAAAAGGACUUGUUUUUAUGUAAGAUUGUUGUUGUCAUAUACUGGCAAAAGUCUCUGGGGAUAUACUUCACAGCACUGCGGACAAUCAAAUCAAAUCACAAAAUACUGUAUUUUAAGUUUAUACAAAUGUGUUUUACUGUUACACUGACAUCUGCUGACAUCAUUUGGAUCUGUUACACACCAUUGUAAUCAUUUUGUGAUACAAUACAUUGUUGUUGCUGGCGUUGCACUUUAAAUUAAUAUUAUAUUGUGUUAGGUAGAACGUUCUAUUAAUUUAUUACAUUUACAAAUUAGAACGUUAUUUUUGUCAAUAUCUAUAUAUUUUUAAGAUGUACUGUAGUUCGUCUAUUUUGUCUAGAGUUUUUCUCUUUUCAAGUCAUUGUGUUUAGUUUAGUAUGAGAAGAGUAAAGAAAUAGAUGUUAAACUAAAGAAAAAAGUGCAAUAUUGAAUACAAACUCUUCCAUAGCUAAACAUUUUAGUGCCUGUCACAACUUAGGCAAUCUGGUGACUGUUCUCCUGAGAAGUAUUUAUGUGUUGCAUUUUUUGUUUAUUUUGAGGAUUUCUUUCACAUUAUCAUUAUUUCAAUGUGUCAACCUAUGCUGUUUGAGUAAGAUGGCUUUUCUUCCUCAUUCCUCAGAAUUACCAACAUCUCAAAUGGCUGCUUUCAUUUCCUUGUGUUGUAAGGAUGUUUACUUCAUUUUCACAUCAAUUAAACUUUUAGAAUAAC